GGUGAGGUCAAAAGAUAAGGUAUCACAUUCAGGACACGUCAGUGUGAUGGUCAAGUUUCUUCUCACCGAAGCCGAGUUGUCCGUUCUACACGGCUAUAGCUCUCCGGACCAACGCAAGUGACACAGAUAUCGUGUUUAGUACAUCAGGACCCUCUGGCAGGAGCGGAGAAGACAAGUUAUCCUCACACUCCACGAACUUAACACCAUCAUGGCUCUGGAUUUCUUUGCAGGAUGUGUGGGAGGUUGUGCAGGUGUCAUUAUUGGCCACCCAUUUGAUACUGUUAAGGUUAAGCUCCAAACUCAAGAUUACAGGAAUCCAGUAUAUCGAGGAACGUGGGACUGCUUUACAAAAAUAUUAAAAGCAGAAUCGGUGGCUGGUAUCUACCGAGGUGUGUCAUCGCCAAUGGCGGGUGUGGCACUUGUCAACGCCAUCGUGUUUGGAGUCUACGGCAACGUCCAGCGCCAGAUGGCUAACCCUGAGGCUUUACAGUCAAUAUUUCUUGCAGGAGCCUCAUCUGGCCUUUUACAAAGUGUCAUAUCCAGCCCAGUAGAAUUGGUUAAAACCAGAGUCCAAAUCUCAAACCAGUACCGAGGUACACUGGAUUGCUUCAUGAAGACGUACAAGCAGGAAGGCUUCCGAGGGGUGUUCAAGGGACAAAGCAUUACAGGGGUACGAGAUUUUCUUGGCUACGGACUGUACUUUGCAUCAUAUGAAGUUCUGACAAGAAGGCGACCCGGAGAAGCUCCUGUAGGAACACCGACAAUGCUGAUGGCAGGUGGAGUAGCAGGAACGGUCUCCUGGAUCUUUACCUACCCUCUAGACGUCGUCAAGUCCAGAUAUCAAGCUGACAUAGGGAAGUAUACCAGUAUUGUCGACUGCCUCAUAAAAUCCGUCAAGGGUGAAGGAAUGAUGUGUCUAACUAGAGGGCUCACCCCGACACUCAUAAGAGCUUUCCCUACGAACGCGGUCACUUUCACUGUAGUCACAUGGAUCUUCAGACUGGCCGAUCUCGGUACGUGGAGGACAGAAAAUCUCAAAGACAGCAUUGACUCGAUCAUUGAGACACUACCAAACGAGCAGAGAAUAAUGAAGAAUCUGGACAUAAUUGAAGGUUCCUCCUUCGUCAACAAUGUUCGAGUAGGCCGACUGAUCAUGAGUGAGCCUCAGAAGCAUUUUCUGGCGUCAGAAGAUUUAUGGGUCGGUGAUGGAAGUGAUCUAUCUGACGAUGUAACAAGUGACGAUUUAUUUAAACCAUCCAAGGGACCUGAAGAAUGUGAUAAUGUACUGAACUCUGAAAACUCUGAUGAUCCUUCAAAUGUAAAACAAAAAAUAACUGACAACUGUGAAAUAAACAAAGUGAUUGUUGAAAAUUCUGAUGACAAUAUUAGUGAUCCCAGAUGACGAAUUUGAUGAUUUCUUAAUUAAAGAUCAGACUUACAAUAUCUAUAUUGUAUGAAUUUUACAAAUUACCUGAAAGUUUAUUUAUGUAUUAUAUUCAAUACUACGUAAUGUAUUUUUAAGCAAUUUCACUGAAUGAUAAGUAAUUUAUCUUAUUAUAACAAAAGUGAUAUUACACUGAUGUCCAUACAUUAUAAGUAUUUUUAAUAACUGCUAUUUAGUUAUACAUCUUGUCUGUGAUUAUUAAGGUUGUUGUUAUAUAUUUAAUAAAAAGGAAAAUAAAUCAAACAUAA